AUGCAAGCUACGGAUAGGAAGAAGUCCAUGGGUGCAAAUAGAUGGGGUGGUGCUCCCAGUUCAACUAUGAAGACUCCAACAAGACCUCGCUUCACUUUCGGAGGAAUGCAAAUAAAUUCGACUUCGAAAAAUGAUUACGGUGUUGGUCAACCUCGAUUUAGCGUGGGGACAACGGUACCUGCAAGUGCACGUAGGGCCUCAUUAUUCCGAUCUAUUACUAGCAGUUUUAAAGAUACUAGGCCAAUUACCUCUAAAGAGUACCAAAACGAAAUGAUUAGAACAAUCUACGAUUUCUUGCUUGAGCAUGAUGGGGAGAACUGUCUACCAGAGAAGGUUAUCCGUUCGCCCACCAAACAGGACUUUGUUUUCAUGUUUGAGAGUAUUUAUCAACAUUUGAAUCCUGAUUUUCAACUGAAGAAUGUCGCUGAAGAGGUGCCGAUGAUUUUCCGUGGCCUCGGUUAUCCUACUGCUAUAAAGCCAAGUACGAUGCAAACCAUCGGAGCGUCUCAUUCAUGGCCAACUUUGCUCGGUGCUCUCACAUGGUUGAUUGAAGUUGUCAACGUUAAAAAUUCCCUUCAAGACCAAGGUGGCCAGCAACUUCUUCUGGGUGGAGACGAACCUUGCGGCACCGUAAAGGCCUACAAAUACAGCUGGCUGAAUGCAGGAUUCAAGGAGUAUAUUCAGAAUGCGGAUGCGUUAAAGAGAGAAGACUUUUUCGAUGAUAAGAUACGUGCGCUGCGAAACUGGCACGAACAGCAGGAGGAUUUCGAUUCUCAACAACAAGCUAUUCAAGCGACCCUAGAUCAACUCAGCGAAGACUGCGCGGAAUUGGAAGCUGACAAAGGGAACGUGGGACGCAUCCGAGAAGAUAUCAUUCGUUUGGAUGAUGAUAUAAAGAAGGCCAUAGACUACAAGGAAGAGACAGAGAAUGAUGUGGAUCAGCUAAACGUGGAAAUGAAUGCAGCAAAAUGCGGAACACUCGCGGUUCUCAAGGAAGCAGAAGAAUAUCGUUGUCGUGUUGCUGGUCUACAUUCUGCCAUAAAAGCACAAGAAGAGAAUCAGGGACUCUGUGACAGAGAUGCUCGAGCGCUAGUUGCCGAAAUUGAUGAUAACAAACUCGCAAUGAGAAAGUUAAAAGCUGAGUUAGAGGAGCUUUGCAGGCAACACUGGCUCGAAGUUCCGAAGUGCAAGGACGCAUUGGCAGAGCAGCAGAAGCGGUACCAGAAGCUGAUGUCGGAUAUUCGGAAUUUGUAUAUGAUUGUUUUAAAUGAAAGUCCUUCCAUAAGUGAAGACACUCCAAAAGACGCAAGAGCUCUAUAUUCUGCUGUUCUAAAUGACGUUACUGCUCUCUUAGCGGAAACAGAGUCCUCAUUCCUACAAAGAAAGCAGGAUUUGGAGCAGCAUAUAAGACAGAAUUCCUCUCAAGCGGAAGAGAUCAAGCAGAAUGAUUCCGUCGAACGCCGAAUAUUACGUGACAAAGAACGAGAAGAGUCACGGGCGGAUCGACAGCGCAAACACGAAAGAGAAGAAUGGGAAAAGGAUGUGAUUGCAGCGGAGGCUGACGUUGAACGUAUAGAGAACGAGAGAGAAGUGCUGGAAAAUAGAAGAAAUGAGAUUGGAAGUCUGAAACGAGAUCUUGAAAGCAUGAAAUCUGAGAACGCACAAUUCUCUAAGAUACUGGCAGAAAAACAAUCAUGUAUCAAGGAUGAGGUGUUGUCUAGGUUUCACCUCAUUGUCAGUGAUCUCGACAUGAUGAAGGAGGCGCGCGGCUGGAUGGAAAGACAAUUAGAGGCGUUUAUAUCACAGGGAUCGUGUUUAGAUGAGGAAUGCAACGAAAACUAA